AUGUAGUGGCAUAUACAAGUGAAGAAAAUGGUAAUAAAGCUGAUACAUUAUCAAUAUAAGAGAACAAAACCUAAAAGACAUGGGAAAGUUCACGAACAGGACAAUAUCCGAUUGAGAUAAUUGUUCGCUUUCAUUACAGAUCUGAUGUUUAUCAUGUUUUAUUGUAAUCUUCAUAAGAAAAAAGUGUUCCGCAUAUAGAGUUUUAUAUAGGAGAUGGUUGGAGCGGUAGUUUUUCAGAUUGUGAAUAUAAAUUUGCAGGGUAAUUAAAUUAUUUUUUAAAAAAGUUAUUUUUUUUAAGUAAAGGAGAAAACAUAAUGA